AUGGAUAUGGACGAUCCUUGGGGCUCACCGUGGGCCGACGAAUUGAAAAAUGACGAUGGUUUAGGUAUUCGAAGGAUUGACAAUGUAGCAGAUAGAAAUCAGGUUGAGAAGGCGAGUGAAGCUUUAAGGAAUAACGUUAAUACAACUUGGGGAAAUUCGGACGAUGGGUUUGGAGAUUGGGAAGAGGAUACUGGGGAAAAGAAAGGGGGCUUGGGUCUGGAUGGCGCAGCAGAGCAAUGGGAUACACCGAAACGUGGAGGAGAGUUGGAGGUAGUGAAGGAUGAUGUUGGGGCAUUAUCGCCUGGUUGGAAAGAGUUUUCUACGAGUCCUGCGCGUGGAGCACCGAAGUUAUCGCCGAGUCUCCUUGCGAAACCUGCUGCAAUUGUACGAGAGCCCUCUCCGGAUCCAUGGGCGAAUGCCGUCCCAUCUAACGAAUCUGCGACUGUGGUAGACAAUUCUAGUCCGGAAGCUACGAGGUCGAGUCCGGAGCCUAUCGAAGAGGCCACUGAAGAGAAUUAUCUCGAGGCAUUCGAAGCGGUUGUCCCGCAAGCCGAGUCUCCCGGUGAAAUGGAGGUCGAGCCAGUGGAAUUCGCUUGGAUCGAAACAGUUCCGGAGGUAUCGACUGGUCUAGAUGAGGAUAGCGAGGAACCAAAUGUAAUUGGGUUGGGUAUUUCAGCAGGAGAAUCAGAGGUUGAUAUAUACGCCGAAGAUGCCGAGAAAGAACAUCACAAAGCAGACGAUGCUGUUUUACCAUCAAUACAAGAGCCCGAGCACGAAUCGUCACGGCCUUCUUCUUCGCCGUCCGAUGGAAGUAAUCACGAUGGACUCCUGCCAGAAUCACAGCGGACGUCCUUAGACGAAGAACCUAAAAGUUCUCGAAUUACAAGAGCGGUCCCGCCGAGGGUACAGGAACUCGUCGAACACUUCGAUGGUUUAACGGAACCAGAAAUUGAGCUUGCCGUGGGAAAUGCCAGGGUAGAGGAGGAAGCUAAUGAUUCAAAGGAACCAGAGGAUGAAUAUGCCGCGAUAAUAAAGCCUGAAAAUCGGGAAGGUGACAAGGCAGAAGAGGAUUCCAAUGCUGGAGAGCCAGAUGAUGACGACUUUGGGGAUUUCGGAGAUUUUGAAGAGGGUAUGUCGGAUGAUGGCGAAGAAUUGGUAGAAAAUCACGACUCGAUUAAAACCUCUGUUUCUUCUGAAUUGGCUACACCACAGAAUGAACCUUCUGAAAUACGAUUACCGAAGAGGCCGUCAGGACCCGUUGAGUUUUCUGUCGAUCUGACCGCAGUAAAAAUGUUAUUUGGAGAGAUCGAGGAGAAGGAUGACGAAGCUGUUGAGAAGAUUUUCAUACCCGAUACUAUCAUUGCCGAUACAUUUGGAUCUACCGAAGAACGAAAGAUGUGGUACAGGAUAUCAAGGUACGGUACUAUGCAAAAACACAAUACUGGAGAUGAUGAGAACUAUGUUCGGAUCUCAUGGGCAAAAUCUCAAGUCAAGCAAGACACUCAGAAAAUCGUAGGAAGGUGGAUGGAAGAAGAUCGAAACAGUGGACAUGUUAGUCUUGGUGGUACAAGCAAAGGUGGUUCCCUUUUUGGCUGGAAUGAUCCAAAUGCACCACCUGUUCCAUUAGCGACGGUACUCGGUUCGAAACGAAAGAGUAUCAAGCCUGAAGCGAAAGUAGCAGUCAAAGAACCAGUUGAAGUUCCAAGGGAGUGGCCGAAAGGGCUUGCACGAGACCGGUCGAGAUCUAAGUCUCGUUCGUCAUCGAAACCAAGAGAGCACAGCUCCACGAAGUCAGUGGAGUCAGGUACUAAUGUCAAAGUACCCCUGCAGCCUCCUGUCGCACAAUUUGGCUGGGCCUCCACACCAACAAUGCAGAUAUCCUCCGAUGCAGAUAGUUUUCCCUCGACUACCGGCUCAUUUACUAAGCCCCCGCCCCUCCACAUGAACUCUAAUUUUGAACAAUCACGGGAAUCAAGCUCUGCAUUACGCAGCCCAGCACUUAUGUCUCCAAUCGAGUCACCUCCAAGCUUUCUCCAAGCGAUGAAGAAAUCCAGACCGGUCUCAAUGCCACCACCAUCUACAAAUAGUUCGAACCGCUUAUCUGCCAAUUUAGCAGUCGUGAUCAACAAUUUGAAUGAUGGCGACGAUGAUGAUGAGUGGGGCGAAAUGGUCUCCUCACCUGUUGUUACUGAAGCUCCCAAAUUUCCCACCCAGGGAUUGCGGCAUAAGAAGUCGAUGAGCCUUGGAACUUCGCUCACCAACUAUGUCACUCUUCCAAAUCCUCAGGUUACGAAACUCCAAUCAGGGUUCGGCCACAAAUCAACAUCAAGUCUAGACAAUACUCAUGGAAACCCUAAAAGCCCUAUAAUCUCACAGUCUACACUAUUAUCCGAUACUACCAUCCCAUCUCCUAUAUCUCCAAAUCCGUCGUUUGCAGAUUUGUGGUCUACACCAGCAAUUACUUCAGUGCCAAUACAGUCAACUGCAAAUCCUCCUCCAUCACCAGCAUUAUCAGCAACGUCCAUCGCAAACACUUCCUCUCAACCUGUCUCUCCCUUGCCCUCAAACACAAUCUUCACAGAUACUUGGUCUCAGCCACCUCCUAGCACCUCUUCCGCCUUAACCUCAUCACCUCCAACUACCUGGUCCCAACCUCCCAUCCUCUCAAUUCCACUUGCAUCAACCAGCACUCAUGAUCCAUGGGCAUCAGCAGAUUUCUCCUUCUUUGACGCACCAGCCCCUGCGCCAGCCCCUACACCCACGUUAUUACCCAGAAGAACCACAACACAAAGACCACAAUCCUAUCCCGCUCUCCCGAAACUAAAAACCGUUACUUUCUCCACUCCUCCACCUAAGUUAACACCUCCGCUUCCAGCCUCUGUCUCUACAAGUCAUGAUUCGAGAACUGUGUUUGAAAUGGGUCAACAUGAGAUUGUGAAGAAAAUCGUGGGAAAUUUGCCGGAUUUGGGAUAUAUGUUCAGACGGUGA